CGACUUCUGGCAGAAUUUGUGCUGGCAAUCAUGUGUUUUCCGGUUGGGAAGCUCUCUUGAUGAAGAGCUGACGAAGGCCGAAUUAUGAAUCAACUCGUAAGUGAUGUUGAAAAUGCAAUUCGUAGCAAAUUUGAAGGAACAUCAGCGCCAUCCAGUUCCUGUGAUUUCGGCAAAGAGGCCGCUAGACACCCCCAGACCCGAGCUGAAAGAAUGGCAGUUCUUGGACAAAAUGUUUGCUACAUUGUGACUGCGGUUGUUAUCAACGAGGGGCGCGUUCUGAUGAUGAGAGAAGCUAAGAGAUCUUGUCGAGGAACAUGGUAUUUACCUGCUGGUAGAGUCGAAAAGAACGAAUCUCUCGAAGAAGGCGUAAUUAGAGAAGUAUUAGAGGAAACUGGACUUGCUUUUCAACCAGUGUCAAUUAUUUGCAUCGACUCUCAAGGAACCUUCUGGUUUCGAUUCACUUUCGUGGGCUGCAUAACGGGAGGAAAGCUUAAAACUUUGGAUGAACAGGACAAGGAGUCGAUGGAAGCGGGCUGGUUUCCGGCUGAAGAAGUGUUUACUUCUCUGCCAUUAAGAGCAAGGGACAUUUGCCCGUUGAUAGAUCUUGGGCUGAAAUGGUAUGAAACUAAACAAGAACAGACCAUUUGUAGACUGCUUCCUGCAAAGAAUUCCCAGGGACAAGUUACUGUUCGCCUGUUGGCUGUUAAAAGAGUUGAAAAAGAUGAUGAAAAAUCGUUUUUUUGUCUGGUGUGCCACAACUCUACCGGUGAUGGUAACCACAACUGUCAUCCUUAUUUUCCAAGCAAGUCUGUGGGUAUAGAUGGCUCAAAUAUCACUCAUGUUGUUGACCAGCUCAUCAAAGAUUUUGACAGUAACCUACACUACAAAAAACAUGGCUACGUUUCUGUUGAACACACCGGAAAGCCUCAUGGAGAAGCAGAUGGAGUAUGUCUUACCGUUCUUGUAGAGGUGUUUCCAGCAGUUGAGGAGGAAGGUUUGAAAGGAAAAUAUCAGUGGUUUAAAGUAGAAGAAAAAUCCUUGACAGAAAAUAUUUGGAAACUCAUAGAUGUUAAGGGUUUUGUUGAGUUUGUAGAAUCUUAA